AUGAGUGAAAGUCCACAUUAAUUAAAAGCCAAGAUUGAUUUCUUACAUUAAGAAAAUCAAUAACUUAGAAACACUAUUGAAGAUUUACAAACUGUCAUCAAAUUGAAUAAAUAAUCUAUGCGUUCUAUGAUUGAUUAAGACGUUGGGAAUCCUAGAUUUAAUUAACAAACUACUAUUCGUGAGAAUGAAAAUACUGUUAAAGCCCUUAAGAUGGUAAUUACAGAACAACAAAAAGAAAUUGAUCAUUUAAUGUCAUCGUUAGAGAAAGUUUAAAAGGAAAGGGAUUUUGCCUAAGGAAAAGCCCUUAUCUCAGAAGAGAUUACUUAUGCUGCAGAAAAGAGUGAAAAGAAGUUCAUAGCAGAACUUGAGUCAACUAUUUUUGAACUUAAUCAUACCAUCAGUUAGCAAGCAUAAAAAAUAUGUUAACUUGAAAAAUAGGCAGAUUAACGAGAUGAUACUACUGGAGUGGUUGUAAGAUAUAGAGAUGUAAUUCAUCCAAAUUCAGCUACUAUUUUACUUCAUGAAGAAAUGGAAACAUUACAUCAGUUGAUCGUGAGAUUAUAAUUAUAAGUUAAUUACCUUAAGAGCAUACAAUUAAAAUUAGUUACACUAAUAAAUAAAGUUAUAAACAAUAUAUAAAUGAAAAUUUAAGGAGAGUUAAUAGAUUUAGAUGAUGAUUAUGAAAAAGCAUAACAUGAAUUUUUAGAAAUAUUAGCUUAAAUAUAAUGUAAAUUUAUAAUUUGAAUAACUAUGUUUAGAAUCUAGAUUACCAACUGUAGAUUUACCUGUUAGAACACAUACUGUAUAAUCACCUAUGAAUACAGAUAUGAUUCACUCUCCAAUACCUUCUCCUUUCCCUGCUAAAGCUCCUUAAGUUUUUAAAAAAAACUUUUAAAAUUUAAAUUAAACAUUUGAUGGAGGUGUUGGACUCAAUGAAUCCUAUCAACAAUACGUUAAAUAAGAAGAUUUAAAAAAAAAUAAUUCUAAGGUACCCAAAUUAAAUUUAGCUAAAGCAUUUUAAAUUCAAUAAAUUAAUGCUAAAAGAUCAACUUAAUAAAUCAAACUCACUGAAGAUUAGUUAUAAAAUAAACUUCGUAAAAUAGAAUCAGAACUGGAAGAUACUAAAAAGAAUUUAUCCAGAGAAAUGAUAUUAUGCAAACAUUAUGAGAUAGAAAAUGAAUCACUAAAAAGACACAUAAGAUAAAUUGAAGCAAAUAAUGAUAUAUUAGUUAAAUCUAAUCUCAAUUUCAAUCAAAAAUGGGAGAAAAUUUAAAAAAGUUUUAUGUAUUACAAAACUUUUUUUGUAGAACAUAAAGAUUAAUUUGCUUAAUUAUAAAUAUUAGUUUAAUCUGAAAAGGAAGUAAUAUUUAUAUUUUUAUUAUUAGAAGGCUUUAUCAUAAGAGGAUUUUAAUGAAUUUGGUUUUAAUUCUGCAAGAGUAAGUCAUGCUAGAAAAGGCUAAACUCAAAGAAAAAAAAAUCUGUUAGAUUAAACAUUAACUACUUAUGGCCCUAUGUAUUAAGGUAAUAUUUUAAUAUUAAUCAUCAUAAGAAUCUUUGAUGGAAGUAGAGAAUCAAUUGGCUAGAGUCAAUUAAUCAGAAACUUAUAACUAAAAUAAUAGGAUUGAUUCAAGUUGUGCCAUUGAAAAUGACAGAGAUGGUGAACUUGGUAACUUUUGCUUAGAUAGAGAUGAUAGUUAUAUUGAAAAUACUGAAUGGAAAAACAAUUUAAAAAAAGAAUGGACUAUACUAGCAACUUAAGUUCAUUCUGCUAAACCAAAAGAUUUGGCACAAUAAAUAAAACAAUCCUAACCUAUUUAGAAAUUGUAAAAUAUUAAAUCAUGAAAUAUAUCAUUAAUUAUAAUCAAUAUCC